AUGACGACAAAAUCGAAUGGUGCUACAACUGGUUCUUGCUGCAGGGAAGAUACGCAAAUGGUGAGGUGUGCGAUGAUUGCAUUAGAAAAGAUGAGGGACAUGUUCAAAACGGCGUUAUGUAGUCCCGAUGACUAUUCGCCUACACGACCGACCGCCGCCUCGGGUUGUGCAUUGAACACAAAUUGCGCAAUAAAAGGAUGUCCGUUCCGCGGUACUGGAGUGCCAAACGUUAGUUGAUAUAUAUUAAUUACCGCCCAUCAUCGUCGUACAAUUACGAUCUUGAUGACCUUUGUGUUUAAUUGCCUUGUUUGCAUGCGCUAUGUCAACUACAAUACUGAUCUACUACCUACCAAUCUAUACUAAUCCCUAGUUAAAUAUUUGUUUCGCAGUACAAAGGCUAAAAAUACUGUACCUAUAAUUUCUAUUUUGCAUUUGUUCCGUUAUAGUAUUUAUAAGAUCAUAUUUUGGAGUGUUUUGGACACAUUUUUCUUCUAGGCCAUCGUUUCUAAUCAUCGCCUUCUUAAUAUUUUUCCUAUAGGCGAGGGCGUCUAUCUUCGAAAAUCCAGGGGGGGGAGGAUUAUCUGUCCGUAUUCCUAUUUCCUACAGCAGUAUUAAUCGUAACUACCUAUAUAAUGAUUAUCUAUAAAAUAACUAAGUGUGUGUAUAGGUAGUUUAAUUUCUAGCGAAACACAUAAAAUAUACCUGAAACAUGAACAUUGUACUUAAUUAUUUAACUAAUAAAAUGAGACGUAUUAAAAGUUCAAUCAGUUGGAUUAAAUCUUAAAACAAGACUGCAAAUUACGAUUAUGUGUUGAAAAUUGGUCAACGACAUUUCGAAUUAAAUUUAAAUCUUGAAUUGUCUGUCUAGGUAUGUAUACUAAGCAUACAUAAUCCAAUUAGUGUGUUGUAGGUGGCAUGACCGUGCAAACGAUGAUACAUUUGUUUAGUUGACGGAAAUGUAAUAGAUUAAAUAUAAUAUAAUAUGUGCGGAUAACAAAUAAUAACUAAUCGUUCACUUCUAUAGAUUCUACUAUUGAUUAUAAUUAAGUAUUUACAUUAAGUAUUUAUAAAUCAACGAUUCUACCAAUUCGUAACCGCUUAUGUUGUUUUUAUUUUUCAAUUGUGUCGUCAACGACCGAUGGGAACAUCUAGUGAAAAUAAUCCUACCAUAUAAUAAUAUGUAUGAUCAUCAAUUUUUCAUUUGUCCGAUGUAUUUAAUAUAAAUUAUAAUAUUUUAUGCAUAAAUGUAUAACAGACACGGAAAAUCCGGGGGGAACGUCAUGUGGGGUCAUCCCUCCUUGCCCUCCCUCCAAUGGACGCCCAUGCUCAUAAGCUAUAAACGGAAUGGGCGUUUAUUUAAAAAGAUAGCUCUUUUUAGGUUCCUCCCUGCUUUCUCAAUGACCUUCCACUGCUACAUAGAUCAUAUCCGAUCUCUUGUCGACGUUUCUCAAUUUUUUUUUGCUUCUCAUGGCUCUUUUACGAGAGAGUCCUCUUAAUAGCCUCUUACUGACGAAUAGAGUUGCCAUAUACUAAUGAGUUUAUUCUAUAAUUGACGCAAAUCGUCAUUCGUUUUACAUUAACACCUGUCUCUUUCUAAAUUAUGAUGAAUUCCAAUAAAAACGAUAAUUUAUCAUCGCAGGUGUUGGACAAAAUCUGCAUUAAGAGCCGACCACCGGCGAUAAAGACAAAACAGAAUAAAUUGAAACUGAGAUCCGGCGAGGUGGGCAUGAAUGACAACCGGGUAACGUUCCAUUUAGGUCAGAGCUUGAAUCAACCAGAAUCGACCAAUGAUAACUAUCCGACCAGCCCCACGUACUUCAAUGUGCAGCCCAUGCAUCCACCUGUGUCGGCAAUGGCUCUCUCCCGUGGCGUAGACCUGCCGAAGCAACGGAAAAACAUGAUGAAGGUGCAGUCCUCGUUACCGCAGCCCACGGACCAGGUCGUCGGAAUGGUUACGGGGUUGCCGAUCGCUAAAACAGAGGACGUAUUUUUCAUAGAGGUGGCAAAGCAGUACAACAAUGAAAGAAAGGUACUGCAGAUGGAGGUUCGUCUGCCCAAGCAAGUAGGUCCAGUCAUGGUAGAUGCCUUCACACAGUAUGAAGAAUCAGAUUUCGAGUCCAACGUCGUAGUCGGAAAUGGCGAAAAAGGCGGAAAAGGCGGAAAAGGAAAAAAAGGGAAAAAAUGA